UGGAGAGGGGGCGCACCGGGGCAUGGGAGAGGCUGCAGGGCGUUGCUAAAAACGCAGGGCUAUAGAUAUUUAAGAAGGCGGGGUAAACCACACAAAACAUGGACAGGAACAGAAAGCGUCGAGUGGCCAACUGAACCCUAACAACUGUACAUUAAGGAAACAGUCAGAAAGGUUUUACCAUCUGGCACUAAAGGGACAACCCGACACCCGGUCAACAAAAUCCUGUCAACAUACAUCCUGUUGCUGCUCCCAUUUGCUGGGCUCUGAUGUGAGGACGCCACGCCUCUCUCGUGAAAAGCCUUGUCACUUCAGAGAUCCUCUGUUUGUGGUUGCGCUUUAAGCAACCGCAAUCCUCCACUCAUCAAUAUUUAAUAGCUUCCUAAUGGCAGCUUGUGGUUCCUUUUAAUUUAUGAUUUGGGCUCAAAGCUAUUAUAGCGCCUCAUCACAUUUACACAAGUGCUUUUUAUGAAAGGCUGUUGAUGCAUUAGAUCACAGCUGCCUCCCGAAUAAUUGGUUACUUAUUGUCGCCCGAUUUUUAUUUUUAAACGACCCUCAUAAAAAGAGUUAUAGUCAGCCGUCAAGAUGGUGGAGGCCCCCAUUUAUGCCACUGGCAUGGCCGCCAAGCUCAGGAGUCAGUGGGAUCGUGACGGCGGCCUCGGACAGAACGACAACGCGGUGAAGUUUCUGGGUCAGGACUACGAGUCUCUCAAAGCGCAGUGCCUCCGGAAUGGGAUGCUGUUCGAGGACAGUCUGUUCCCCUGCGCCACAUCGUCUCUGGGAUUCAACGAGCUCGGCCCCAGAUCCUCCAAGACCAGCGGCGUCCGCUGGAUGAGACCCUCGGAGUUGUGCAGGCGGCCGGAGUUCAUUGUGGACGGAGCGACUCGCACAGACAUCUGUCAGGGAUCCCUGGGAGACUGCUGGCUGCUGGCGGCCAUCGCCUCGCUGACCCUGAACGAUAACCUCCUCCACAGGGUGGUUCCUCAGGGACAGAGCUUUCAGCAGGGUUAUGCUGGCAUCUUUCACUUUCAGUUCUGGCAGUUUGGAGAGUGGGUGGAAGUGGUGAUUGAUGACCGUCUCCCGGUGAAAGAUGGGAAGUUGCUGUUUGUCCACUCCGCAGAGGGGACUGAAUUCUGGAGCGCUCUGCUGGAAAAGGCCUACGCCAAGCUGAACGGCUGCUAUGAGGCUCUGUCAGGCGGCAGCACAUCAGAGGGCUUUGAGGACUUCACCGGAGGCGUGACGGAGAUGUUUGAGCUGAAGAGCGCCCCCUCAGACCUCUUCAACAUCAUCAGCCGAGCCGUGGAGAGAGGAUCCCUGCUCGGCUGCUCCAUCGACGUCAGUGCUAAUGGUUUACUCAGAUUCAAGACGAUAAUGUAGUUCUGUCACAGAUUCUGAACGUUUUCUCAAACCGUCUU